UAUAAUGGAUAAUAACAUAGAAUUACAAACUCCAAAAAACAAACUGCGAAGCUUAGGACUCAGAAGAAACACACCAAAAGCAAACAUUCCCAAAACACCUCUAAGUGAUAUUAAAAUAAAUUAUAAAUCUCUUCAAAGUGAAACCGAAGUUUCUUCACCCAUCACUCCAAAACUGAGGCAAACUCUAUCCUCCACUGCUAGCUCAACAAAUUGUCUACCAUAUCGUUUAUCUUUGAGUCGGGGAGCUCGUGAAAAAUACAAAAAGAAAAAAUUAGAGUUUGCCGCCAAUCAACUUGCUUUAGAUGUGCAAAAUACAUCUGAAUUAAAGCAAGAAGAAACAACGAAGGAAAAACAACUCCAACGACAUCGCAAACAUCAAGAAAAAGUUAAAGAGCUGGAAAGUGUGAUAGCUGUUUGGAAAGAAGCUUUCAAGACUUCCCUCGAAGAGCUAUCUUCAAAGAUAGAACCAAAAAUGGAAACAGAAGACUUGAUAGCCCGUCUAGGAAUUCCACCUGACAUGAUUGACUACACAUGAAUUUACCAACAAAAUAAACUUUAAUUUAUUUUAUUUAUGAAAUAUAUUUUGUUAAUUGUUAA